AUUCAUUCGUAGCCUUAGAUGAAGAGGUUAUCAUUACCUGCAAAUCUUUUUCUUGUUAAAUGCAUUUUAUCUGAACAGAAACACAUACACAGGGGAUCAAUAGAAUUCGAGUGGAGGAUGUAAUGUUAAGUUGUGUUGGGACUCAUUAGGAUGGAAUGGAUAGGAAUGUUCAAACUGUAAGGUAUGUUAUCUGGACUUCAGUAACAUAAAAAAAUGACUUGUGCACCUUUUUAGAUGUUACUAAAUAUUCAUAUUACUCAGUAUAUGCGGUCACUACGACUCCAAGGACUUAACUUUAGUGCAUGUGUACCUUCAUUUAUCCCCACCUUUAUUAUGAAGCUCUUGCAGACAUGGAAUAAUAAAAUCGGAUGCUCCCUUGGCAACCUUUUCAACUUUUCAACAAGGUAGCUGAAAAAAAGAUGGUAAACUUAAUCUGUAACAAUAAACCGUCUCCACAUGCUCAAGUUUCUAUUGUGCAUUAAUUAAGCCACAACCUUAAAACAUACAGUAUAGCACCUUUACUGUGACAGCAGCAGCCAUGUUCAUUCAGAGUAAGGCACAUAAACAUUUAUGAAAAUAUACAUUUGUAUUGCCUGAUUUUACACUUUGUUCCCCACCGUAUGAUUUUACUUACUUGCUUUUUUCUUUUUUUUUUUUUUUUACAAGUCUUUUUUUUUAUUUUGGACAAGAAAAAGUGACUGACUGACCCUUUGCUAUGAGCAAAAUAUUUGCUCAGCGCCCGUUUUUUUUUUUAUUCAUUGCAAAAUCAAAAGUGCAACAGUUUUUAUACCAUGAGGAGGUAAAACUGGACUAGUCUGAGGUGUUUUAAGUCCACCGAGGCCAUACAGUCACACAGGUGCUUCAGGGCUGGUAAAAAGGCAGCACUCUGACAAUGUCCUGUCUGCAGAUGGGGCAUUUGCGAUGAUGCAGGGCCCUAAAGCAGGCGUGGCAGCAGCACACGUGCCCACAGUCCAACAGGAUACAGUCUCGAGGGCGACUGAGACAGAUCACACAGGCAUUCCCCGAGCCAUCGUCUGCCCCGUCUUCAUCGGCCCCAUCCGAGCGUAGUCUAGCGUCUUGAUUCUGCCUUCUCACAAAUUCCCUGUUUUCCUUCUCCCGCUCCCAGCGGACUUUGAGGUGACGGUAGUAGCGCAGUCCGGCCCAGAAGAGGACCGCUGAGCCCGCCAAAGCAGAGGCAACCAGCAGCACUUUCCACCACGCAGCCAUGUUGUCGUUCUCUCGUCGCAGAGUUUCAAAAUCUGCCAUGCUCAAGAAGUACUGGGAGCCAUCAGAAGGGGGUCGAAGACUCAGAUUACCAUCUGUGUCCAGUAUUACCUCGCCAACACCAGUAAGAGUUGUUCCUACCUGCAAAUUUCCUCGAGCUCCAGAAGACCUUUAGGCUUCUCCCCACUGAGGUAUUGUCCUACAAGCUCUCCAAAACCAAACGUAGCCUGAUGAAAUUUCUCAUUGGUGAUCUCUGUGUGGUUUCCAGCUGCGUAAAGAGGGGACACGACUUUCACUGUGGUCUCAUCGGAUCCAGCUAAUACAAAGGGCACCAUAUUCACUCUUUCAUGUAAAACGCGUUCAGUGUCCAACCUGUGCGUGAAAGUCCGCUCCACACCAGCCUGUGUUCCUUCAGGAUGAAUUUUUGUAACACACCAAAUAUUUCUUUAUGGAAGUGACUCGUCAGAGGCUCACCUACUGGUUUCACAGUACCUUCAAUGACAGCAUAUCGCAAACACGCUCCUGGAGUAACUUUCAAAAGGUCUUUGAGUUUUCCGUCUAGAGCGAAGUGUGGAGCAUUCUCAAGUUUCUUGACUGUUGUUCUGCUUUUUUUAUGGAGGUAAUAGAAGAUGCCUGACAAGGCGAGGCUGGCCCCAAGACACGCUGCCUCGGUUAUAGACACGGAGAAUUCCUCCAUUCCCUCUGGUUGCCGUGGCACAACCACAAAAGCACACAGACAGACCUGAAGGAGAGACGAUUCUUGUCAAUUUCUCAUGUCCUGGGCAGCGUUGUCCAUGUCCGGUGACGUAAGAGAUGAAACGUCACGUGACACAGAAUGGGCGAAUGUCAGCUGCGACCAGAGCUACACGUCACUUAUCUCCGCUGAGAGAGAUGGCAGGCAGUACACGGAGAAAACCUCCAGUUUCUCCGUCGCCAUUAUGGGGGAAACUGCAGACUCUGUGGCAGGAAAAGCAUUUGGCUCUGUUCAAGACGGAGUACACGUUACUGGUCGUGUCAGUGCUGUGGUUCCUGGAAAUCGGAAUCAAUGUGUGGGUCAUACAGAAAGUAGCCUACACAGAGAUCGAUUGGAAAGCCUACAUGGAUGAGGUGGAGGGGGUCAUCAAUGGAACCUACGACUACACCCAGCUUAAAGGAGACACUGGCCCUUUAGUGUAUCCUGCUGGUUUCGUCUACAUCUUCACAGCUCUGUACUUUGUUACCGGCCAUGGGGUGAAUAUUCGUCUGGGCCAGUACAUUUUUGCAGUUUUCUACCUCAUUACACUGCUGCUUGUUUUCAGGAUAUACAAUCGAACUAAAAAGGCAAGUCUGGUUCCUCCGUAUGUGUUCUUCUUCGUAUGCUGUGCCUCCUAUCGGAUCCAUUCCAUCUUUGUGCUCCGUCUCUUUAAUGAUCCAGUGGCCAUGAUGCUUCUCUUUGCAGCUGUCAAUCUCUUCAUGGAUGGAUAUUGGACCCUGGGCUGCUUCCUUUUCAGGCAAGUUUUAGCAGUGUCUGUGAAAAUGAACGUCCUCCUUUUCGCCCCGGGGCUUCUUUUUCUCCUCCUGUCAGAGUUUGGUUUCAUCAGGACAAUCCCUAAACUAUCACUGUGUGCAGGCAUACAGCUUCUGCUGGGAAUGCCGUUCCUCAUAGAGAAUCCUGUCGGUUAUGUAAGCCGGGCAUUCGAUCUUGGGCGUCAGUUCUUGUUCAAGUGGACGGUCAACUGGCGCUUCCUGCCCGAGUGGCUCUUCUUGAAUCGUUAUUUCCACCUGCUCCUGCUGAGUCUUCAUCUACUCAUUCUGCUGCUCUUUGCUCUCCGCCACUGGAAGAGACCGGGAGAAAGCCUCUUUGAGCUGCUCAAGGACCCAAGCAGGAGGAAAAUGCCUGCUCAGAAGUGCACUACAUCACAGAUUGUGCUUAUUCUGUUCACCUCUAACUUCAUUGGCAUGUGCUUCAGCCGUUCGCUGCACUACCAGUUCUACGUCUGGUACUUCCACACGUUGCCUUACCUGCUCUGGAGCGGAGGAGUCAAGAAGCUCGCUCACCUGCUCAGAGUUUUGAUCCUGGGUCUCAUCGAGCUGUCCUGGAACACGUACCCAUCCACCAACAGCAGCUCAGCCGCCCUUCAUGUCUGUCACCUGAUCAUCCUCCUUUGUUUAUGGCUGGCUCCGCCGCUGCUCUCCACUUCACAGGAAACACACAAACAGACAGCCGGGAAGGAGAAACACCACUAAGCUGCAGCCGAUGGGACCGGAAGGUGCUGCCGAACAGCCUCCAUCACCACCCUCCACCCUCCGAUCCUCAAGUGAGGUCGCUGUGGAGGACUGCUUCUAAGAGGAUGAAGGAAGAUUUAAUAUUUUGAUAUGACAUGAGGGGACAAACGUGUUUGCAGACGAUCAUGUGCAUGAUGCUGUGACUUCUAGCUGCCACUUGCAAUAGGAGGUAUGAGAUGUGGGAGAUUCUCAUGGGUUCAUUUUCAGUUCCAUAAUCAGUGGAAGGGAGCAAUCAUGAAUGGAAUGCUGUGUUGAAAAAAAAUGUUAUGUGGGUUACAGAAAGUUUCUGUUGAUAAAACUUCACCCUAACUGUAAUUUGACCUGCAGUUCUUAUCAGAAAUUGACAUUUAUGUUUCAUUGUGACAGGUCGUCAGGGCAUUUAAGAAAAUGUCAAAGAUAUCCCAAAGAACAACAAAUAGAUAAAAAAGCUUUACAUGUCGUGACUUUCUGACUGAGAUUUGAGAUUGUCCCCACCCUGAUAUAAAGUCUUGUCAGCAGUCUUUAUUUAACGAACCUUUCCGUUGUUUCCAUCAUUUCUUAAAAAAAUAACAACUGGUUUAUUUACAAUUUUAUUUUCUUUAUUUUCCCAGCUGUAAUUGCUUCAUAUAAGCUAAAGUCAUCUUGAAUUUAUCAGAUAAUUAUUCUGAUUCUCAUUGAUGUGAUUCAGCAUUUGGAAUAGGCUACAUUACAUCGGUUACAAGCUACAUUCUAGAUUAAGAAGUUUUACUUCAGGUGGUCAAGGCAUUAUUGUGUCUGCUUAAAGCUUUGUUACUAUUAAAGGCCACUUGGUCUAUGUCCUGUAAAAUUAGAAUUCCACUGGUUUACAGUAUCAGUUAAUAAAAUGCAGCUGUUUAUUUUACACAGACGUUUCCUCAGUAUCACUUCUAACAAGUCAGCUCGUGGUUAGAUCUGGCUCAGUCUCCUCUAAGAUGAUUGUCUCACAUAUUGUUGGGGUUAUAACACAGCAUGUUGAGCUGGAUGUUCUCGUCCCAGUGGCGCAGCAGCAGAAACAGCUGUCUGGCUGCUCCUCUGAGCCCUGCCAGGUCCACUCCCUCCGGCAGCUGCUGACCGCGCAGCCAGAAGUCUGCUUUGGCCGCCACCAGUUCCCACUCCAUGAAGUAGCCGGCGCAGCGAUGCUCCAGCCAGGCCAGGGCCACGGCCGUGGCCCAGCUCGAGCCCUCCAGGUCGUCCUGAGCCAGCUGGCUGCCGCACUGGAGGUCAGCGGGUUCCACGGAGGAGCCCUCGCAGACGU